UUCCAUGACCACAGAGGUGAAUUCAGCUUUUAUCAUGGCAACAAACAGCAGUGGCUCUGAUGACAUCAACAGAGGAUCAGAAAGGAGACCUGCCAACAGGAUAGCUGGCAAAAAAUCCUACAGUUGUGAGGAGUGCAGCAGGCAGUUUAGUGAUCUGGCUCAUCUGAAGGGUCACAUGCGGACUCACACUGGGGAGAAACCCUACAAGUGUGAGGAGUGCAGCAUGCAGUUUAGUCAGCUGGGUAAUCUAAGGAGACACAUACGGACUCACACCGGGGAGAAGCCCUUCAUUUGUGAGGAGUGCAGCAGGCAGUUUAGUGAUCUGGGUCAUUUGAAGGGUCACAUGCGCACUCACACUGGGGAGAAACCCUACAGGUGUGAGGAGUGCAGCAGGCAGUUUAGUGAGCUGGGUCAUCUGAAGAGACACAUGCGAACUCACACACGGGAGAAACCCUACAGAUGCGAGGAGUGCAGCAGGCAGUUCAGUGAGCUGGAUCAUCUGAAGAGACACAUGCGGACUCACACAGGGGAGAAACCCUACAGAUGCGAGGAGUGCAGCAGGCAGUUCAGUGAGCUGGGUCAUCUGAAGAGACACAAGCGAACUCACACCGGGGAAAAACCCUACAGAUGUGAGGAGUGUGGCAGGCAGUUUAGUGAGUUGGGUACUCUGAAGAAACAUAUGCGGAUUCACACAGGAGAGAAGUCCUACAGGUGUGAGGAGUGUAGUCGGCAGUUUAGUGAGCUGGGUCAUCUGAAGUCUCACAUGCGGACUCACACUGGUGAGAAGCCCUACAGGUGUGAGGAGUGUAGCAGGCAGUUUAGUGAGCUGGGCAAUCUGAAGAAACACAUGCGGACUCACACAGGGGAGAAACCCUACAGGUGUGAGGAGUGCAACAGGCAGUUUAGUAACCUGUGUGAUCUCAAGAGACACAUGCGGACUCACACAGGGGAGAAACCCUACAGGUGUGAGGAGUGUAGUCGGCAGUUUAGUCAGCUGGGUCAUCUGAAGUCUCACAUGCGGAGUCACACUGGUGAGAAGCCCUACAGGUGUGAUGAGUGCAGCAGGCACUUCAGUCAUCUGAGUAAUCUGAAGUCUCACAUGCGGAGUCACACUGGUGAGAAGCCCUACAGGUGUGAGGAGUGCAGCAUGCAGUUCACUCGUCUGGGUAGUCUGAAGUCUCACAUGCGGACUCACACCGGGGAGAAACCCUACAGGUGUGAGGAGUGCAGCAGGCAGUUCAGACAGCGGAGUGAUCUGAAGUCUCACAUGCGGACUCACACCGGGGAGAAGCCCUACAGGUGUGAGGAGUGUAGCAGGCAGUUUAGUGAGCUGGGCAAUCUGAAGAAACACAUGCGGACUCACACAGGGGAGAAACCCUACAGGUGUGAGGAGUGCAGCCGGCAGUUCAGACAGCGGAGUGAUCUGAAGAAACACAUGCGGACUCACACUGGGGAGAAACCCUACAGGUGUGAGGAGUGUAGCAGGCAGUUCAGUGUUCUGGGUAACCUGAAGACCCACAUGCAAACUCACACAAGGAAGAAACCCAAGAAGCAAGUUUGAGGAUUGUAGCUCAGUCUGCUUGUUAGCAUGGAGAAUGACAUGGAAGUCUUAAGAUUUAAAAAGCACAUGGCACGGGUAUCCAUGUGUUGAACUACAGGACAGAUGCUGGUGUGGUAGUGAAGUAUUGCAUACAAACUUAGUAAAUCUGUAGAUCUUGAAAAACAUCUUGCUUAUUCAUAUUCUCUUCACAUGUGUAUUCUUAUAUCAAUUAUGU